AUUCAAUAUGGCAGCCUCCUUUGCACUUUUAUUUGUUUAUUUGUAUGUUUCUUGUGAAAAGUAAUUGUAAAACCGUAAACAUGGCUUCAGAAGAGGCUGUUAUUGCCACUAAUGAUGAUGCUGCUCAAUGUAAACGCUAUGCCGUGGAAAAGGGUUACUGGGUUGACCCUUAUAUUUCGCUAAUGAUAUCGAAAGGGACUGCUCAUCAUGCACCUGAAAUAAACCGUGGUUACUAUGCUCGUAUUACUAGCAUACGUAUUUUAUUAGAGAAAUUUAUCAAGUUGACAAACAGAAAAUGUCAAGUUGUUAAUUUAGGCGCUGGGUAUGAUACCACAUUCUGGAAGUUAAAGGAUGCUCAUUUAAUGCCAGAGAAAUUUGUUGAAGUUGAUUUUGCCCCAGUAACAUCACGUAAAUGUCAUCACAUAAAAUCAAAAAGACCUCUUCUGGAAAAAAUAACAAAUGAAGAUGAGGACAUCAUGCUCAGUAAAUCAGAUCUUCAUUCAGCUAAUUACCAUAUUGUUGGGGCCAAUCUGGUGGAUUUGGCAGAAUUAGAUAAGAAAUUACAACAGUCAGGCAUAGAUAGAUCAAUACCUACUGUAUUUAUCUCCGAAUGUGUCCUAGUGUAUAUUGAGGCCAACAAAAGUGCCAAAUUGAUCAAAUGGAUAUCAGAUAAUUUUCCAACAGCAUUUUUUAUUAAUUAUGAACAGGUGAAUAUGGGAGACAGAUUUGGUCAAGUUAUGAUAGAUAACUUAAAGACAAGAGAUUGUUAUCUAUAUGGUGUUUCUGCUUGUGAUAGUUUACAGUCACAGAUGCAGAGAUUUACGUCUAAUGGUUGGCGAGAUGCUGAUGCUCUUGAAAUGAAUAAAGUGUAUAACUGUCUUCCCCAAUCCGAAAUCAAAAGAAUCGAGAAAUUAGAGCUGAUGGAUGAACGAGAAUUGAUGGAGCAGUUAUUUAGUCAUUAUUGUCUAGUGUGGGCUUAUAAAGAUGUGAAUAAUAUUGGACUUGAAGAAAUUGAUUUAAGUCAGUCAUAACAUGAACUCAUCCGGUAUAUGCAUUUGCAUAAUUCCUGCUGCCUUGUGAUACUUAUGUAUAUAAUUAACAAAAGUGCUUUACUGUGGCUUUAAUUAGCAGCUUAUUAUUAGAAAACCUUUGUUAUGUUGUAAGGAUUGAUUAGUAAUUUUAUUGUGUUAUUAACUGAAAAAAUAAAUUUGAUGUUAAUUGUUGUCCACUCACACUCAAGAACUAUCCAGCAUAUUAUCCCAUAUAGAUAUAGAUAAUUCAUUAUAUCCAUGAUUCAUCUUCAAAACAGAGUUUUUUUUAUCUACCUUGAAAGAAUAUUGAAAUUGAAAAUAUCAAAUAUUCUAUUCUGAGAUACACCAACGUAAUAAAGAACCAUUUCUGACAAGAGAAAGUAUGCAUAUUGUCAUAAACGCAAGGUUUUGGACCAUAUGUUGUUAUCUUUUAGAGACUGACUUGAUUUAAUAAUCUGUAUAUUAGUCACACAGAAUAUAAGUGUCUAACUUCUUCCUCAGGGUAUUACCCUGCUUAUUCCAUCCCUUGCAGGCCUUUAUUUAAUAAAAUAUUGAAAGACACAUUGUUUAAAAUAUUACCCGACAUCUUAAACAAAACCUUUGAUAUUGUUCUGAAGUAUUACUCGGAGUAAUGAAUUUUGUAUUACCCGUAAUGGAAUGGUUCCAACUUCCAACCCUAUGUGUGUAUGCCAUUAUUUGUGACAGUGUCUAAUAAGAUAUAUUGCUUUAGGUUGUGCUUGUAAAAUUCAGCAGACAUUCUUGUUGGGUUGUAAUUAUUGGCCAGUCAUGUUAGCAUAACAUGUAUUUAACUUCAGAGGUUAGUUUCCCAAAGUUGCAUAUUUACAAAAUACAAUUAUUUUGAUUUUCAUUUUAAAGGGCCAAUCUCAAUUAUAUUUUGGAGAAUAAAACUUCUUAAUUUUGUGUAAAAAGUCUGUAACAUCCUUUACCUUAGAGGUGACCAACUAACUCAAUCUGGAAAUCGAGACCAGUGUCCCAACCUGUAUUUUACAGUAUCUGGAUAAAAUCCGACUUUUAUUGUCCCCCGCCUUUCGAAGACAGCAGGGGACUAUUAAAAUGGGUUCGUCCGUCUGUCUGUCUGUCCGUCUGUCUGUCUGUCCGUCACACUUUUUGGGACACAAUAACUCUCUUCCUAAUUGAGCUAGAAUGUUCAAACUUGGUGUAUGUGUUUAUUAGGUCAAUGCCUUGAUGGAGUUCGAAGAUGAGCAUUUUCCGCUUAGGGUAAGCAGAGAUAAGCAAUUUGAUUGGUUGAUGCUUUGGGACACGAUAACUCUCUUCCUAAUUGGGCUAGAAUGUUCAAACUUGGUGUAUGUGUUGAUUAGGUCAAUGCCUUGAUGGAGUUCGAAGAUGAGCAUUUUCCGCUUAGGGUAAGCAGAGAUAAGCAAUUUGAUUGGUUGAUGCUUUGGGACACGAUAACUUUUAAUUGAGCUAGAAUGUUCAAACUUGGUGUAUGUGGUUAUUAGGUCAAUGCCUUGAUGGAGUUCGAAGAUGAGCAUUUUCCGCUUAGGGUAAGCAGAGAUAAGCAAUUUGAUUGGUUGAUACUUUGGGGCACGAUAACUCUCUUCCUAAUUGAGCUAGAAUGUUCAAACUUGGUGUAUGUGUUGAUUAGGUCAAUGCCUUGAUGGAGUUCGAAGAUGAGCAUUUUCCGCUUAGGGUAAGCAGAGAUAAGCAAUUUGAUUGGUUGAUGCUUUGGGACACGAUAACUUUAGUUCUAAUUAAGUGAGAUUGAUGAAACUUGGUGUAUAGUUUCAUUACAGUAAUACCUUGACUAAGUUUGAUAAUGAGCAUUUUCUGCUCAGGGUAAGCAGAGCGAUACGCAAUUUGAUUGGUCGAGACUUUGGAAAACAAUAACUCUCCUACUUUGAUUGUUAGACUAUAAGUAAAGAUAUACUGUUUGAUUGUUCAAUACUUUGUAAAAGAUAAUUUGUGAUAAAUUUAUAUGUGUCCUCUAAUUAUUUUCCUAUUUCGGCGGGGGACAUCAGCCUCACUGUUGGCUUGUUUUAUAACAAAUAAUGUGUAGGUAAAAUUUACCUUUCGUGGGUCAUGCACUGUAUAGACCUCUAAAGGAACGGCAAUAGAUUAUCAGGUCACCCAAUGAAACAAUUGACCCAAAAUCUAAAAAGAGUUAAGUUUCCGGAUAAGUGGUUUUGACGUCCAUGUCCAAAUGAUUUAAUAUUUUGAGCUGAAAUUUUGAAACAACAUAAAUAUACCAUUCCUCUAUAUUUUGACGCUUAAAUUUCAUACGUACACAGACUUUUUUUUCUGAGACUCUGUUAAAAUUGGGAUGGUCCCUUUAACUUUUAUCUCUGUAAGAUAGUCAUUGACAGCCCAAUAUUUUCAUCUGAAAAUUCUGCAAAUUGAGUUCUGGCAAAAUUGUGAUAUUCUUUUUAGUGGUACUGUAAAGAGGCAUUGGUGCUUUUGAAGUCUUCUCUACUUGGUAAAAAUAUUUUUUGAGUUGAUGUGAUUUGGCAAUACAGUCACAUCGGGGAUUUUCAAAUUAGAUAGUAUGUAAUACUUUAAACAAAUCCAUUGUCGAGAUUUAGACAGCCUGACUUUUAAUGUACAAGUCAUACACAAUGUUAUUAAAAAUUAUUCAUAACAUCUUUCUGUAAUGGUGACUAGAAAUUACAAACAGUUUGAGUAUUUAUCAAUAAUCAAACUAGAAGUGGGACCGUAUUCAUGACUACCAAAAGCCUAUCACAGAACUUUGUUUCUAUGAAUUGUUAAAACAUUUGUCAUUUAUGUCAACAUUUUUCUAGUAUUAAAACAUCUUUUUGAAGUAAGCAA